AUAUUGUACAAAAGAGUUACUAUAUUUGUUGUUUUUAGUCUAUUGCGUCAGAUCCACCAAGAACGCUGGUUUUGUGGCGUUUGUGUUGGUUAUUUUCUUCUUUCUUUGGAUUUUGGAUUUUGGAUUCUCAUAUCAUAUCAUAUCAUGGGACUCAUUCGAACACAUAACAAACAUACCACAACUUCUGUACUUCAAUCCAAAUCAUCAUUUUCCACUCCUCAAACCAUGAAAACAACAAUACAGAUUUAUGGCGUGUCUCUUUCUCUCAUUCUUAUCAACCUAGCUGCUAUAAUGGAGCGUGCCGAUGAAAAUCUUCUUCCAGCAGUCUACAAAGAAGUUAGUGAAGCAUUCCAUGCAGGCCCGUCUGAUUUAGGUUACCUCACAUUCAUAAGGAACUUUGUUCAAGGACUAUCAUCACCGCUAGCUGGUAUACUUGUAAUUAACUAUGAUAGACCAACAAUACUUGCUAUGGGAACAUUCUGUUGGGCGUUAUCUACAGCUGCUGUUAGCGCUUGCCACGAUUUUAAGCAGGUUGCAUUUUGGAGAGCUAUAAAUGGAUUUGGUUUGGCAAUUGUGAUUCCAGCAUUGCAAUCAUUCAUUGCUGAUAGUUAUAGGGAAGGAGUUAGAGGAGUUGGAUUUGGAGUAGUAAGUUUUAUUGGUACUGUAGGAGGAAUUGGAGGUGGUGUUAUGGCUACUGUCAUGGCUGGUCAGAAGUUUUGGGGAAUAGAUGGAUGGAGAUGUGCCUUUGUUUUGAUGGCAAGUUUGAGUGCAUUUAUUGGAAUCCUUGUUUUACUAUACGUGGAUGAUCCAAGAAAAAGAUUUUCUCCCAUUCAAGAUGCUAGUGAGAGUUCCGAAAGGGAUGAUUCUAUCUAUAAUGGCAAUGCUAGUGUGACAUCAACUUGGAGGUACUCUUGGGCAGCCACUAAAUCUGUCAUCAAAGUUCAAACAUUCCAAGUAAUUGUCUUACAGGGCAUUAUUGGGUCACUACCAUGGACUGCCAUGGUCUUCUUCACAAUGUGGUUCGAACUAAUUGGUUUUGAUAAUAAUACUUCUGCAACCCUCCUAAGUCUUUUUGCUAUUGGAUGUGCUAUGGGAUCCUUGAUAGGAGGGUCAAUCGCUGAUCAACUGACACAAAUCUAUCCAUAUUCAGGUCGUAUCAUGUGCGCGCAAUUCAGCGCCUUUAUGGGCAUUCCAUUCUCAUGGUUUCUUCUUAGAGUGAUACCUCAGUCAGUAACUAGUUUUCUUACCUUUUCGAUCACACUCUUUUUUAUGGGACUAACUAUAAGCUGGAAUGGUACGGCUGCAAAUGCACCGAUGUUUUCUGAGGUAGUCCCAGUCAAACACAGGACAAUGAUUUAUGCAUUUGAUAGAGCUUUUGAAGGCUCAUUCUCUUCUGUUGCAGCUCCUUUGGUUGGCAUUCUUGCAGAGAAAAUGUUUGGCUACAAUUCUAAAUCUGUUGAUCCUAUCAAAGGAUCUUCAGCUGAGGCUCUUGCCUUGUCAAAGGGACUUCUUUCAAUGAUGGCAAUUCCAUUUGGAUUGUGUUGCUUGUGUUACACGCCAUUGUAUUAUAUAUUUAAGAAGGACCGCGAAAAUGCUAGAAUGCAAGCCCUGAAAGAAGAGGAGAUGAUGUGAGACAGUAACUAAGAACGGUAGUUUGCGUGAAUGGAGCCCAUCAUGAGGUGAGGCUGAUAAAUGAACUCGUUCUGAACAAUUGCUUAUACUUGAGAUGGCAAAUGUAGCCAAACGGAUCGGACAUAUUAAGUACCAAACAUUUCAAAAGGGAAAAUUACACAACCUCUCCUAAGGUCUAUUUAAACAUCAUAAAUACCUCUACUUUUUAGAUUGACAUUGACCUCCCUUAUUUUUUCAAUUAAGCGAUGCGCUUUUCCUUGUACCUUUAACAAUGUUAAUCUUCUGCUAAAAGAACAAGAAAAUGCUCACAAGUCCCAUAUACUUUGACGUUAUUGCUCAGCUGAAUGAUUUUAGAGCAUUAGCUGCUUUGGGCACCCAAAAUUGAUUUGAUGGAUGUUACGUUUUAUUUGGUUUUUUCAUAUUUGGUUUUUUUUUUUUUGGGAGGGGAGAACUCACCUUGUAUAUAACUCACAGGUGGUUUUUUUGAUGAAGAUUAGUCACUACUAAACAAAUGUAGAAAUUUUGUACCAAUAACAUGGUAAGUAAAAAAAAGAUAUUGGUGUUUUGUGAUC